AUGAUGUCAAGAAAUAGUUUGGAAGUGUCUACUUGUAAGAUGACAGAGCCAUUUAAUUUUGAGAAAAAUGAAAGCAAGCUUCCAACACAUGAUUCUCUAAGAAGUCCUGGAGCACACCAUAACCAUCCUAAUUUCAGGUUGAAAAGCCCAGAGAAUGGGAAUAAAAAAGACAAUUUUUUGCUUUGUGAACAAACCAAACAAUAUUUAUCUAGUCAGGAAGACAAUUCAGUAUCUUCAAGCCCUAUUGGCAUCAAUGGAGAAGUGGUUGGAUCCAAAGGAGACAGGAAGAUAUUGCCAACAGGAAAUGCAGUGUUACCAUUAAGUCUUGGAAAUAAUUCGCCACCCAAAGAAGCAAAACCUCCCAGUGAUGAUGACGUACCUCUUACAAAGUCAAAAAAAUUGUACAAGUUGGCUGAAAAUUCCUUGUCCAUAAAUGAUCCAGCACUCUUCAACUCCUUAGGACCUCCUUUGCGGUCAACAACCUGCCAUUGCUGUGGCCUGUUUGGGUCGCUGAGGUGUUCUCAAUGCAAGCAGACCUACUACUGCUCCACGGCAUGUCAGAGGAGAGACUGGUCUGCCCACAGCAUCGUAUGCAAGCCUGUCCAGCAAAAUUUGCACAAACUUGAAGAUAACAAAUCACCUUUUGACACAAAGAACAUUGAAGUGAAAAAUGAGAGUGACUGUCCACUUGGGGUUGCUAAAGAAAUAUCCCUUGGUACUGAGAAAAUAAUGUUUUCUGAUUUGAAAAGUCUACAACUCAAGAAAACCAUGGAAGUAAAGGGUACAGUUACAGAAUUCAAGCACCCUGGUAACUUCUAUAUCCAGUUAUAUUCUUUGGAAGUUUUAGAAUACAUGAACCAGCUUUCUGCAAGCUUGAAAGAAAUGUAUGCAAAUAUGGUGCAUGAAGAAGAUUACAUGCCUGUUAAAGGAGAAGUUUGUGUUGCUAAGUACACUGUUGAUCAGACCUGGAACAGAGCAAUAAUCCAAGAUGUAGAUGCAUUACAGAAGAAAGCACAAGUCUUGUAUAUUGAUUAUGGAAAUGAUGAAAUAAUUCCAAUAGACAGAAUUCAUCCAUUGUGCAGAAACAUGGACUUGUUUCCACCCUGUGCCAUAAAGUGCUUUGUGGCUGGCAUUGUACCAGCAGAGGAGGAUUGGAGCAAUGAUUGUAUCAAAACUGUUAAAUCACUGUUAAUGGACCAGUACUGUUCUGUAAAGAUUAUUGAUGUCUUAAACGAGGAUGUGCUUACCUAUGCAGUAGAUGUUAUGCUGCAAAGUUCAGGAAAACUCCUAGACCAUGUGCUUGUAGAAAUGGGAUACGGUUUGAAACCCAAAGAACAGGAUUCUAAGAAGCAGAGUGCAGAUCAGGGUGAUACUGAAGACAUUGGAAAAAUGGCACCCGAAAACAAAAUUGUGAUAGAGAGAAAUGCCCUGAUCCCCAAGGCACUCACCCUGAGUGUGGGAAACGAGUUCUGUGGGGUAGUGGCCCACAUUCAGACACCAGAGGACUUCUUUUGUCAACAACUGCAAAGCGGUCAUAUGCUUGCUGAACUCCAGGCAUCCCUUAGCGAGUACUGUAGUCAGGUGUCUCCACGUUCUGGUUUUUAUCCAACCAUUGGUGACAUAUGUUGUGCCCAGUUCUCAGAGGAUGACCAGUGGUAUCGUGCCUCCAUCUUGGCCUAUGCGUCUGAAGAGUCUGUCCUGGUUGGAUAUGUCGAUUAUGGAAACUUUGAAAUCCUUAGUUUGACAAGACUUUGUCCUAUCACUCCCAAGUUGUUGGAACUGCCAAUGCAAGCUCUAAAGUGUGUUCUGGCUGGGGUAAAGCCAUUGUUAGGAGUUUGGACUCCAGAAGCUAUUGGACUCAUGAAAAAGAUUGUUCAGAACAAAAUGGUUAUGGUAAAAGUGGUGGACAGGCUGGAAAAUAGCUCCCUGGUGGAGCUUAUAGAUAAAUCUGUGACACCAAAUGUGAGCGUGGCCAAAGUUCUCACAGAUGCGGGGUUUGCCAUGGAAGAUAAGGAGAUGGUGGCAGAGAAAACUAGUGAUACAACGAAGGCCAGUGCUCCCUUAAGAGUAGAAGAAAAAGUAGAUGUAUUGGAGUGGACGUGGGUCGAGCUUGCCAUCGAUGAAACGGUAGAUGUUGUGAUCUGCAUGCUGUAUAAUCCUGGAGAGUUCUAUUGUCACGUUCUUAAAGAGGAUGCUUUAAGCACCCUCAGAGAGUUGAACAAAUCAUUAGCAGAUUAUUGCCAGCAGAAGUUGCCUAAUGGUUUUAUGGCAGAAAUAGGACAACCUUGCUGUGCCUUUUUUGCAGGUGAUGGCAACUGGUAUCGUGCUUUAAUCAAGGAAAUCUUACCAAAUGGUAAUGUGAAAGUGCACUUUGUGGAUUAUGGGAACAGUGAAGAAGUUACCACAGAUGAACUCCGAAUGAUACCAUCCAAGUUCUUAAAACUUCCCUUUCAAGGGAUCCAGUGCUGGUUAGUAGAUAUACAGCCUAAGAACAAACACUGGACGAAGGAAGCCAUAGCGAGGUUUCACAUGUGUGUGAGGGGCACAAAGCUCCAAGCCAGAGUGGUGGAAAUGACUGAGAAAGGGGUGGGUGUUGAGCUCACAGAUCUUUCCACUUCCUACCCCAAAAUAAUUAGUGAUAUUCUGACUAGUGAGCACCUGGUUUUAAAAUGUGGCUCACCACACACCUACUUGCGGAAUAGGAGACUGGCUAAUAAAUACAAUCACCAAACUGACACCACGGAGCUUCAGGAUAACACCCUCUCUUCAGCAGAUCAGUGGAAGACGAUAGAACUGCCAGUUCACAAGACUGUGCGGGCAAACAUAUUAGAGAUUGUAAACCCGGAUUUGUUCUACGCUGUGUCAUCUGAGAUGCUAGAAAAUCAAGAAAAACUGAGUCUGUUAGCAUCUGAAUUGUUAGAGUACUGCAAUUCUCAGAAGAGUCGGCCAUCUUAUAGACCAAGAAUUGGAGAUGCAUGCUGUGCCAAAUACACAAGUGAUGAUUUCUGGUACCGGGCAAUUGUCUUGGCAACAUCAGACUCCGAUGUGAAAGUGCUCUAUGCAGACUAUGGGAACAUUGAAACCCUGCCUCUUUCCAGGGUGCAACCAAUUCUCUCCAGCUACCUGGAGCUACCUUUCCAGAUUAUUAAAUGUUCACUUGAAGGACUGACAGAAUUGAAUGGAAGCUGUUCUCAAUUAAUAAUAGAGCUACUAAAAAAUUUCAUGUUGAAUCAGACUGUAAUGCUUUCUGUGAAAGGGAUCGUGAAGAACAUUCACACAGUGUCUGUGGAGAAGUGUUCUGAGAAUGGUACUAUCAAUAUAGCUGAGAAGCUGGUGAUGCAUGAUCUAGCACAAAACAUGGCAUUGAAGCCAAAUGCUUUCAAUAAAGAAAAGACACAUGGGAUGAAUUGUCGCUGCAUGGAGUUACAGAAGCAGGUUGAAAAACAUGAGCAGAUUCUUCUCUUCCUCUUAAACAAUCCAACCAACCCAAAUAAAUUUAUUGAAAUGAAAAAUAGGCUAAAAAGUUAA